AUGUCGGAUCAGUACCACCCUGUCGAUGACGAGGACACGAUCAUGCACGACGCCAGCAUGCUUCCUGCCGACGAGUCUGAACUGGGGGUCAUGGAUUCUUCUUAUGAUCCUAUGGACAUCAGUCCCCUCCCAAUGAGAAAUCGAUCUCCUGUUGGCGCUCAGCCCAAGGGCACCGUCCCGGGUCACCUUACCAACCCCUCCGCUGUUGCCUCCGGAACUGGCCAGAACGACGCGGCGCCCGCCUUCCCCAAGUACAAUGGAAGGGGCUUUUUCCAGAAUCUCACCCGUUCUCCCGUCAUCCGUGUGACUCGACGAUUCUCGCCUAGGUCCCCAAUUCACAACCCAUACCUUACUACCAUCGAUCCUGCAAAAUCGGUCCUGCGACCCCUGCAUUUACAAAAUCAAACUCCUGUCAAAGAUCCCCUCGAGAGAAUGAAACGAAUGUUCCGCCCCCGUGACAAAGGGUUGGUGAUGGGCAAUUCGUCUGAACAACUCUCCGAGAAGAAGAUCGAACAGGUCCCCCAAAUCAAAAUCUCCGAACCAUCCACUGAGGACAAGCCUGCUGCACAGAGCUCCAAAGACGCGACUACCCUUCAUCUGAAUGUGAAGGAAACGUCUUGCAGCUUUCAGUUCCCGUUCAGAGUUCAUGAACCGGAAGCAUCCCGGAAGAGAUGCUACAACGAGGGCCCAGCCCACCCCUGCAACUACCAGGUUCCUGAAGUGGCCGGUCACAUCAACACCAAGUAUCGCCGCGUGAGCAUUAACGACUUUCCGGUCUCGGCCAUCAAGGCGAAUGACAAGCAAAAGUCCGCCACUCCCACCACUGCUCCCAAUGAGCCAGCUCCCCUCUCAGCUCGCAAUGAGUCUCCUCACUCUCCUCCCACCCAUGAUCAUCAUGCGGCCUCCGAUCGCAUAACCGAUGCGCACGCCCAAAACGGCCACAGAGCCUCUACUAUUACCACCCCUUACCACAUGCCCGGCGCGUGGCCCGAAUCAUUUCCUGUCUGCGAUGAUCCUCUCUAUGCUACAGUUGAGGACGCUAUGAUGACAGGUGCUAUUACUACUGUUCAAGACGAUAUUAUUAUGACUGAUGAAAACGAAAACCCCAAAACAAAAGUUAACAACAUGGCGAUCGAUUCCAUGGAAAUCGAUGAGCGUAACCAAGCAACCCAAAACAUGGACCUUGACCAGAAUGAAGCCCCUUUGCUGGAGCAAAAUGCGAACAUCUGGCAUGGCUACUGGCAGGCGGCUUACCAGGGAACCACGAAGGCAGUUGGCACUUUGCUCAACUUCGUCAGAGACACCUUUUCUUCCGCUCCCUCGUUUGGACCCGUUGUCGACCAGACCUUCAGCAUCUUUAGACGGCGCCGCCGUGCAUCUCCCGAACAUCGUCGCGCAUCUCGUGAAUCCUCCCCCUCCCAUCAGCACUCCCCGACACGAGCAAGCCUUCGUUCGCUGCCCGAAGAACAGCGCCACAAAAUCCGUUGCCACAAAUGGCGCAGCGACCGAGGGUUGGCAGGCCCAGUUGCGCUGCCUUUCCCUAAACUCCACAUUGAUUACCCCCAGUCUCCCGCGUCUAUCGAUUCAUCUUCAAACAACUAUCAGAAGAUGUCGGGGGCCAUGUCGCCCAAGCAAGCCAAGAACCCAAAAUUCACACACAAGCAGAAGGGGAAGCGCAUGCACCGUAACAGACAUGAACGUUCCAGCUCUAAACACGAUUCUCGAAACGCAAAGGGUAAAAGGUCCUCCAUGUACGGCGUCCACAAGCGAUCUGGAAGGGCCACCCCUCACAAGCAGCCUGCUGCAGCUAGCACUCAGCCAAGUCAGGCAUGGGUUCAGCCAAUGAGCCCCAAUGUUCAUCGUCGAGUGUUUUUCGCUCAUACCCCCCCAAGAAGAUACCCCGAGCUGGCCGAGAAGGAGCGGCAAUACGCUGCCUGGAGAAACGGUCUCGGCGAAAAGCGCAGAAAGGAGAAGGAACUCGAAGCUCAGAUUCAGGAGGCUGCGCGUGCUGCAGCUGCGGUCCGACAGGAGGCAACGGGCCCAGCAAACGAUAAGCGCACAUUGAACGAGAAAGAAGCCAUCAAGGAAAAACAGGAAAACCAAGAAAAACAGGAACAAAAGAAAGGUCGCAAAGUCCAUUUCGCCGAGUCGCCCAAGUUGCCCACUGAGAUUGCACCGCACCUUCGUUCUGGUGCAUUGCAAACCAAGCCAGAUGAAGCACAGAAGGAGAAUAUCGCCCCUACGACUGAAGAAACUGAGAAAGCUCCCGAAGUUAUCGUCGAGAAUGUCCCAGAAGUUGCCGUUGCCAAUGAAGCGCCCCCCGAUACCGCUUCCGAGUCCGAGACCGACGAGGAUCCGUGGCUUCGACUUGAGACCCCCUUUGGAAGACCCGUUUCUGCUGUGAGAUUGUUCUAUCCGGAUCCCCAGCCACUUCCUGCUGGUAGAACAGAAUCCAUCUACGCAUCAGAAUGGCGCGAAAUGGAAGAAGAAGAGAAGCGCAAACAGCGCCAGACACGUAUCCGCCCCGACGGCCCUGCCGUACGUCCACUCAGUGAGGUAUGGGAAGACAAAGUCUCCGAACUCAGGCGCUUGCCCCCCAGUCGGAAGGUUGCGACGACUCUUAACGGCGAUCCCUUGAGCCAAAAAGAUCUGGCGACUUGCUACACACCCAUGGCCUGGUUGAAUGAUGAGGUGAUCAAUUCUUACCUCGCCCUUAUCAUCGAGUACCUCCGCCGGACCCACAACAACGCGGGCCGGCACGACAAGCCGCGAUUCCACGCAUUCAACUCGUUCUUCUUUGCGAACAUGCGCGACAAAGGCUAUGAGAGCGUCCGUCGUUGGGCCUCCCGAGCCAAAAUCGGGGGCGAGUCUCUCCUGAACGUCGACACCGUCUUCGUCCCAGUCCAUCACAAUUCCCACUGGACAUUGAUCGUUGUGAAGCCGAUGGCCAAGACCAUCGAGCAUUUUGAUUCUUUGGGCCCGCCCUCUCGGAGCCACAUCGCCGUGAUCAAGUCAUGGCUCCGGGAGGAGUUGGGCCCAAAGUUUCGGGGGGACGAGUGGACGGCGUUGCCGUCCCAGUCCCCCCAACAAAACAACGGAAGCGACUGCGGCGCUUUCCUGCUUUCCACUGCCAAAGCAGUGGCCAUUGGGCUCGAGCCGAUGUCCUACGGCGCAACCGACGUGCCAUUGUUGCGCCGUAGGAUCGUGGCCGAGCUCAUGGCCGGUCGUCUAGAGGGGGAGUUUGACCCCGCCCAUGGUGGAGAGGUGCUGCUCUAA